AUGUUCCUCAAGGUGUGCCAAGGCCGCCCAUCAGUCUUCGAGCUCCGGCGCACAUUCGCCGACCACAGCAACAGCGAGGGCGACAGCGUCAUAGUCAUGGAGCGGAGGUGCGCCGGAUCAUGCGCCAACUCCUCGCCGGUGUCGGGAGACGGGAGGUCGCAAGAGGCAGGCAUCCUGCACAGGGAUAUCAAGCCCGAAAACGUGCUGAUCGACCACGGCGUGGAGGACAGGACUCAGAACCCACUGGACAAGGAGAAGGGCGCGCCCGCCGUCGACGAUAAGCAACAACCGCCUAAAGAGAUCUGUGACUUUGCCAUGUCGGAGCCGGUCACGCGAAAGGAAGCCGAGUACUUGCCGUUGGCGACGUGGAGACCCUACCGCACGCCCGAGAUCUUCCUCGGCUCAAAGGACUACGACGGCCGCAUUGACACGAAGGCGCUCGGCUGCAUCAUGGCCGAGCUCCUCGCCGGCGGCGACGGCAGGGCUUUCUUCGACACCAAGACGGACGCAGAUGUCCUGCGCAAGAUGCUGGACGUGGUUGGCGCGCAGGGCAUCAAGGACUGGCACGGGUUGUUCCGGCUGGCGAUGCGCGACCCGGAGACCGCGCAGCGUGUGCGGGAUUGCCGGGACACCGGCCGCCUGCGAGAGGUGUUCCUGAAGGAGGUGCUCUCGAAGGCCGGCUUCAAGUGCUCAGCGGGCUGCUGGACAGCAACCCGGAACGUCGGCUCACCGCGGCGGACGCGCAUGUGCUCCAGAUGCCGUGGUUCAUCGACGGCCGAUUCCCUAUAUUGCAAUGGCUAA